AUGGUCUCACACAACGUCCCGUCUCUCGUCAUGUGGCGGGAUCUGACGCCCUACCCCGGACGUCUCGUCCAAUCGUCAGCGGCAUCUCCCCACGUUCUUAUUAUCGGCGCAGGUGUGACCGGUCUCGUGACUGCGUGGGUUCUCCUGGACAAGGGGUACAAGGUCACCAUCGUGUCCAAGGACUGGGCCAACUUCACCCCAAGCAACCGCCUCACGGCCCAGAUCGCGGGUGCCCUUUGGGAAUACCCACCUGCUGUCUGCGGAGCCCACACGGACCGCAUCUCCCUUUCAAAUUCCAAGCGCUGGUGCAUGACAGCCUAUCAUGCCUGGGACGCCAUCGCCUCGCUCCCGGAGCUGAGUCGUGCCUCCGGGGUGAAGAUGAUGCCCUCAGACUUCUUCUUCCCAACACCUGUCGAGAAGGAUCCCGCACAGUUCUCAAAGAUGGCCGAGAUCAUCUCGAGUGGCGUGAAGGGCUUCCGACAGGACACCAAGUUGAUGGAGCAGCGAAACGUCAACCCAAGCUAUGGCGCCGUGGAUGCUUACGAGCUGCUCGCCCCCAUCAUCGAUACCGACCAGGCCAUGAUGUGGCUGAUGAGCCUAGUCCACGGAAAGGGCGCCUCAACCGUGACGGAGACAAUCACAGGCGACCUGCUCCACCAAGAAGAGACCCUCCGCGCGCGGUUCGGCGCCGACGCCAUCAUCAACGCGACCGGCCUGGCCGGCACCGAGAUCGCCGGCGACGCGACCUGCUACCCGAUCCGCGGGGCCCUGAUCCGGGUCAUCAACGACGGCAGGGACUUCGCCAAGGUCGAGGCAGCCCUGACGAUAACGGCCGACGCCGCGCACGACUCCAACGAGAUCGUGUUCCUGGUCCCGCGCAACGACAACAUCCUCCUCAUCGGCGGCAUCACCCAGCCGCACGAGACGAAGCUGGACCUCACGCUCGACACGCCCAUCGUGAGGCGCAUGCGUGAGCGCUGCGAGGCAUUCCUCCCGGGUCUCAAGAACGCGCGCCUCGACUCCAUGUACCCCCUGUCCCAGGGCCUCCGGCCGUUCAGGUCGAAGAACGUGCGCGUCGAGAGGGAGCUCCGGAACGUCCCCGGCACGGAGCGGCCGAGCAGGAUUGUGCAUUCGUACGGGCAAGGAGGUGCGGGAUGGAGUCUCUCUUUUGGGUGCGCCGGGGAUGUUGCGAACUUGGUGGAAGAGGCGAUGUGUGAUUUGGUGCCGACUCCUAUGGAGUUUGAUCACGCAUACUCGGAUGGCAAUGAGUCGCAUGGCACGACGAGCUCGUUCAUCUCCGUCAGCAUGAAGAAUCACGACGAAUGA